AUGAAGCUCUGCCAGAAAAUCGCGGGAUACAAGGACGCGCGACCGUUCUUCACCUUCGAAUUCUUCCCUCCAAAGACUGACCAGGGAUUCGAUAAUCUGCUCCCGCGCAUAUCGCGUCUUGUCUCGCUGAACCCCCUCGCGGUCAACAUCACAUGGGGUGCUGGUGGGACUACCAAAGACAGAAGUCUUGAACUCGCAGGUAUCACGCAGACCGACCAUGGCGUCGACACCAUCCUUCAUCUCACAUGUACGAACAUGAAACAAGGGCUGGUCGAUGACGUAUUGAGGGAUGCGAAAGCGAGAGGUAUCCAGAACAUAUUAGCCCUCCGCGGUGAUCCACCCCGUGGGGAAGAGUACUGGAUCCCUACAGACCCACGCUUCACCCAUGGUGCAGAUCUCGUCUCGUACAUCAAAUCCUCCCCUGAGUUCUCUUCCGACUUUUGUGUUGGAGUGGCAGCAUACCCUGACGGCCACCCUGACAGGGAGACCGACGAGGAUGGCGAAUUGGAGCACCUGAAACGAAAGGUCGACGCAGGCGCCGACUUCAUCAUCACACAAUUAUUUUACGAUGUCGAUACCUUCCUGCAAUGGGUCAAGCGCGUCAGACAGAAAGGCAUACAGGUACCUAUCAUCCCAGGUAUUAUGCCAAUACAGACGUAUGCAUCAUUUCUGCGCAUGACAAAAUUGUGUGGAACGCGCGUACCACACAGUCUCAUGUCUGACCUUGUACCGCUACGACAUGAUGAUUCGAAGGUCAAGGACUAUGGCGUGGAUCUUGCCGUAGAGAUGAUACGCAAGCUCACCACCGACGGUGACAUCCGUGGUGUCCACCUUUGUACACUGAACCUGGAGAAGAGCGUAACUCGUGUACUGGAGGGCCUCAGUUGGGUCGGUGGAAGCCUUAAACCCGCCAAUAGACUCAUUGCGAUGCUUCAGGACGCGUCCAUUGGUCCAGACGCAAACCUGAUCAUCACACCACACAAUGCUACCGAUUCCGCUGCCAUCUCCCUGGCGGCUGCCGGCCAGGGUCCAGACGGCGAGGCAGGUAAAGGAGAGCUGAACAAUGCUGCAAGCUGGGAUGAUUUCCCGAAUGGACGAUUUGGUGAUUUCAAAAGUCCAGCGUACGGCGAGACUGACCUUUGGGGAAGCUCGAUCAUGUCGCGUAAUCAAGCCCUUGAGCAAUGGGGCCACCCCAAGACGCUCGACGACCUUACGACAAUGUUCCUGCGGCAUCUACACUCUAAAAUAGCAACAACGCCCUUUUCGCCGACGCCACUCUCUCCCGAAUCGCUCAUGAUAAUCCAGCACCUCGAGCGACUCACGCGCCGCGGCUGGUGGACUGUCGGCUCGCAGCCUGCGAUCAACGGCGCGAGCUCGAGCGAUGAGGUCGUCGGCUGGGGCCCGCGCGGCGGGUAUGUCUACCAGAAGUGCUUCGUUGAGUUCUUCUUGGAGCGCGCAGACCUCGAGCGCAUUGAGCGCAAGAUCAGGGACGAGGGGCAUGGAUGGGUGGAUUACUUCGCGGGAAAUGUUCAGGGAGAGUGCAGAACAACAGUCCCCGAGGGCGGCCGUAACGCCGUGACAUGGGGUGUCUUCCCUGGGCAGGAGAUCGCCCAAUCAACCAUCAUCGAAAGGGAGUCGUUCUUGUCUUGGAAGGACGAGGCAUUCUCGAUAUGGGCAGAAUGGGCAUCGUUCUAUCCUCCAGAUUCGCAGGAACGACGGUUGUUGGAGAGCAUACGUGCCGAGAGAUGGCUCGUGAGCGUUGUACAUCACGAUUACACGGACCCCUCUGCGUUGUGGACGUUCUUGUUAAAAGGCGACCCGGUGCUGUAA